UUCAAUUCAUUCAUCACAUAACAUUUUCCUUUACGUACACACAAAUCCAACCUAGAAACAAUCUUUAGGGACAAAACUUUACUUGUUCUUUCCAUUAACUUCAUUAGCAACAUGUUUGAUUCUAGCAACUCAGAGAUGACAAAAAGCAAUGGCCUAGGUUCCUCUCACAUGUUCACAUAUUUAACUCCUCUCAAAAAACCAAGAGUGGAUUCAAACCAAACUGCAACAACAAACUCACAGAAACAGUACUUGAUGGGGUGUGAAUAUCAAAAAAAUGGAAAAGUGAACUUCUCAAACUUUUCUAUACCUGCAGUGUUUCUCAAAUCAAAUCAACAAAGAGUACAAGAGAAAGAAUCAAAAGCAGUUGCUUGUACAAAAUUUCAACAACAAAAACACUUAACUUUAAAUGCUGCUACCAAAUCAAACUCUGGAUAUGAAAGAAGUAGAGAAUUACUACCAACUGUUGAUGAACAUUCUGAAGCUGCUGCUAGCCAUACCAAUGCACCUAGAAUUAGAGGAAAGAGAAAAGCUAGUGCUAUUAACUUAUGUAAUGCACAAAAACCAUCUUCUGUAUGUUCACUUGAAGCCUCAAAUGAUUUAAACUUUGGUGUUAGAAAAUCACAUGAGGACACUGAUGACUCUCCUUAUUUAAGUGAUAAUGAUGAAGAAACACAAGAAAAUAUAGUGAAAGAAAAGCCAGUUCGAGAAGGAAACAGAGUCAAGAGAAGCUACAGGAAUGCAAAAGUUCAUAAUUUAUCUGAAAGGAAGAGAAGAGAUAAAAUUAAUGAGAAAAUACGUGCAUUGAAAGAGCUCAUACCAAAUUGCAAUAAGAUGGACAAAGCUUCAAUGCUUGACGAUGCAAUCGAUUAUCUUAAGACCCUCAAGCUUCAGUUACAGAUUAUGUCAAUGGGAAGAGCACUUUGUAUGCCACUUAAUCAUUUUAUGAUGUUACCCGCACAUCAUAUGAACAUGAAUAUGAAUAUGAAUGCACAGCAUUUGAUGAUGGGUUUUAGGCCACACGUACAGUUUCCUAUUCCACAAAUGGGUGAUGGUGUCACAAACAAUAACAACGACAGAGUUCAGAUGUUUGGUUUCUCCAACCAAUUACCACCACAAAUGUCAAUUCCCAAUGCACCUUUCAUUCCUCCUAUCAUUGGAAACUCUUCUUCAACCACACCACCAACACCAACCACUUUUGGUAACCAGAAUCAACCUGGAAGGACAUGUGGCUAGUCUCAUUCCUCAUUCCUAAGAAUAUUAUGCAAAGACUCAAAAUGUAUGCAACAAAGAAAUCAGUUUUUGUACAUUAAGUACGAGAUGUUAAAAUUAAAAGAGACAUUUGAUAAGUUGGGACGUGAGUUUGAACCAGCUAUUUCUCAAUUCUGUGUAAUUAGUGUGUGAGAUUCACCACCAGCUUCUUGAAACAUUAAAGAAAAGUAAGGUUUUUGAAGCCCUAGCUAUCCUUCCUUGAUUGGCUCACAACAUCAACAGAACAUGCCGUCUGACAAUGAUUUUUAAUACAAGGAGUCAGUCAUCUUUAAUCAAAUCACCAAAUUUGAUACUAUUGUAGGGUUGCGAGGGAAGCCUAAAAGAGUGAAGGAUCGUUACAUUGUGCAAAGAAUACUCACUUGCACAUGUGGAUUAGACACUACAUCCUUUUCCGCUCACUUAGUCGUUGUUGCAACAUCUAUUUUUUUAUUUAAUGUAGAAUUUUUUUCUCACACAUGACAUGACACACAAAUUCAUUGCUAUUUACCUACCAACAAAAGAGGAAAAUUUUCAACAUAUUUCAAGAAA